ACCGACACUUCUCUCACAUGUCCACGCUGGAGAAGGAAAUGGCCUUCAGAACCGAAAUGGAUAAUACAAGACUCCUAGUGCACGUCUGCAUGCACGGUCGCAUCUUUCCUCCAGGCAGUAGUGGAUUCUUACAGAGAGCUUUAACGUGUCUGGAGGAAUGACCACACCACACCACUCUCUCUGUAUUCCUCUGACGCUCAUGCAGUUGCGUUAUCCCGACAGUAGGAGUCACUGUUGCUGUAAUGCAUUCCUCUGUCUGACCCGAUGUUGUCUGUUGAGCGCCGGUCAGGCCGGUGACACCGCAGAGACUCUAGCUGGAGAGAGAGUCCAGCCUCGGCGGACGUGGUGAAGCGUAUUAACUCACUGUGGCCCCUGAGAGCCUCGUUCUGGUGUGUGUGUGUUCAGUGUUGUGUGUGUGUGUGUCUCUGUGGUUUCAGGGUUUGUAUUAUUCCUACUUCAAGACGAUCAUCGAGGCUCCGAGCUUCCUGAGCGGCCUCUAUCAGAUCAUGAACGAUGGGCUCACCGAGUACCCGCUGGUGAUCAACACGCUCAAGAGAUUUAACCUGUACCCUGAGGUGGUGUUAGCCAGCUGGUACCGUGUUUACUCCUCCAGCAUGGAGUUCUUCAGGACCCCCACCAAGACGUGCUGGACCAUAAACCGUGGAGAAGAUCUGGAUCCGGUGGAGAGCUGUGAAGGUUUGGGAGAUCCUGCGUACUUCUACGUCACCGUGGUGUUCCUGCUGAACGGAGCCAUGAUGAGUCUGUUCUACGUCUCCGGAACUCACCUGAGUGGCAGUAAGUUGGGGGGAGUGGUCACGGUGCUGUGCGUCUUCUUUAACCACGGAGAGAGUACCAGGGUGAUGUGGACUCCUCCUCUGAGAGAGAGCUUCUCGUACCCCUUCCUGGUCCUUCAGAUGCUUCUCCUCUCUCACAUUCUCAGGACGCCGAACCCGAGCCGAAAAACCAUGGCGGCGCUGGGCGUGUCCACCGUGAUGUUCAUGCUGCCGUGGCAGUUCGGCCAGUUCGUCUUACUCACUCAGGUGGCGUCGCUGUUUGCAUCGUACAUCCUGGGUUACCUGAACCCGGCCAAGAUGCAGGCGCUGCUGCUCACACACAUGGUAUCUCUGGGGGUUUGUUUCGUUCUGAUGUUCGGUAACUCCAUGCUGCUGACGUCCUUCUACGCCUCCUCUCUCAUCUCCAUCUGGGCUGUUGUUGGACUCAGGGAUCAGUUUCAUCAGAUCUUCAGAGCUCCACUGCUCAUCUGGGUGAUGCAGGGCGUGGCGUGGGUGCUGACCACAGUCCUCCUGAAGUUCCUGCUGGCUCUGGUUUUGGGGGCGUCUGAUGAUGCUCACAUCAGCAGUCUGAUCAAGUCCAAAUUCACCAGCUAUAAGGAUUUCGACACCAUGAUGUACACCUGCGCCGCCGAGUUCGACUUCCUGGAGGUGGAGACGGUGCUGCGCUACACAAAAACCCUCCUACUUCCUGCUAACCUGCUGCUGGCUGCUGUUAUCGCCAUCCAGGUCAGCAGGGACGCGGUCAGAAUGAUCAGAUGUCCGAGCAGCUCUGAGACUCGCAGUGAGCCGACAGAGAAGCUGGAGAAAUCUGUGGUGGUGUACCAUACACUGCAGUUGGUGGCGUUUGCGGUUCUUGCGGUUCUAAUAAUGAGGUUGAAGCUUUUUCUCACUCCUCACAUGUGUCUGAUGGCCUCACUGCUCUGCUCCAGACAGCUGUUCAGCUGGCUGGGAGACAAAAUGAAGCAGCAUGUGUGUGUCGGCCUUAUCCUGUCCAUCAUGGCGGUGCAGGGCGUGGCUAACCUGCAGCAGCAGUGGAGCAUCAUGGGAGAAUUUAGCAACUUACCCCAGGAGGAGCUGCUGGAGUGGAUUAAAGAGAACACGCCCCAGAACGCAGUGUUUGCUGGCGCCAUGCCCACCAUGGCGAGUGUGAAGCUCUCAGCGGGCAGAGCCGUCGUGAACCACCCACACUAUGAAGAUGCAGGACUCAGGGAGAGGACGAAGUUGGUUUACUCCAUGUACAGCCGUAAAUCAGCCGAGCAGGUGAAGAAGAACCUGAUGAAGCUGCAGGUGGAUUAUUUCAUCCUGGAAGAGUCCUGGUGCACCAGACGUACCAGGCCGGGCUGCAGCAUGCCGGAGAUUUGGGACGUGGAGGACCCCGGGAACGCGGGUAAAACCCCACUGUGCACCCUGAUGGGUCGGGACUCGCGCCCCCACUUCACCACCAUCUUUCAAAACCACAUCUACAAAAUCCUCCGAGUGCCAAAGGCGAGCAGAUAACCACGGCACGGUGCCACGAGGAGCUGCGGCGGGUUCCUCUGCGGGUUCUGUAGUUCUGUUCAGGUUCCUGUAGCAGGUGUGUGAUUAAGGUUUAACUGUGAGUAUUAUUACUGAUGAAUGAUGGGUACCGCUUCAGUAUCUUCAACAAUCCAGGACGUUUUUCAUUUGGGCAGUAUUUUACUGACCCGCUUCACUCUUCAGGGGUGUG